AUGUCGCAAACAAAAAGUCAACUUUCUCAACAAGAAUUACGCGUUUGGAACUUUGGUUUAUGUCCAAGGUUAUUCUUAGUGGUCAGCACAACACCCUCAAACAUGAAACCCUGGAGCGCAACUGACGAUACACUUGGAUCCGAGAAGAAAGAAGCUUUAGGAGGUUAUAGAAGAUAUUGGGAUUUUGAGAGGACAACUAUGGUUGCGUAUGUACAAGAAGGCAAGCGUAUUCUACAUCGUGGUGAAAUUGAUCUCACUUCAGUCUUUCGAAGAAGUUGGUUUCAUAAUGAGUGA